AUGCCAGCGGACACUGAAAAGAUGAGGCUCAUGGGUCAGGAGGAGGGUGGCUCUGGCACCGCCGUGCGGGAAGCGGUGCCCAAACCAGAUUUCGUUAACUUGGCUCGGCAAGGAGAGAUUGACCAAAAGUAUGUCGACCUGUUGGAGUCUGCGGCGGCCGCCGCCUCCACCCAGUCCGACGAGCUCCUUAAAGAUCCCGCCAUUCUGGAGGCUCUCCUCAUGUCGCUCCGCUCCAUCAACAAGACACCUCAAGCGGCCGAGUAUAUCGCCUCGCUCAUUAUCGACGGCUGCAAACUGGAUACGAGCAACUGGUCUUUGGUUGCGAAUUGUCCGGCAAUUGCGGGUGUGGAUGGUGCGUAUGCCGCGUUCUCUCGUUCAUGGCCGAGUAAUGGUAAGGUUGUGAAUGACAGUUUUGCGUUGCUGAUUUCUACGUGUUUGAACUAUAAUCCGGGUACAAUUGACGUGCGGCCGUUAUUCAAGUUGAUUAUUGACCCGAGUCAGGAGAAGAUGACUAGUGCUGGUCGAUUAGCAGCGAUAUCGAGCUUGCUACGUCUAGAUGCACUAAGAGCGGACUUGUGCAACUCAUCGACCUUGCGCGGUGUGAUCUGCCAGGGUCUGACAAGCAAGGACGUGUACCAAACAUACUACGCGGUCCUAUGUCUGUGGCAGCUCAGCUUUAACCGGAAAGUCGUGGAAGAGAAAGGGCCUCUUUAUAUCCAUAGAUCCAUGCUCCGCUCUUUCCUAGCUAUGUUUGGAGGCAUUAAGAAGGAGAAGAUCGUCCGUGCAAGUAUCAUGCUCCUUAACAACCUCGUUGAUGAAGAAUGGAUUUUCGAGAUACUGAUCCAACAAAAGGUCGAUUACACACUUACUUCGCUGACCUACGAAAAAUGGAGGGAUGAGGAACUAAGCAAUGACAUCGAGUCCCUACAAAGGAAGUUCUAUCACUCACUCAACCAGAUUAACCACUUCGACAGAUACCUCAAGGAACUGGACGCCUGCAAAUUUACUCCUGGUCCAUUGCAUACUGAAAAGUUCUGGAUCGAAAACGUCAACAGGUUUGAGGACAACGAGUACGACGCUGUUAAGAAGCUAUCCAACAUUUUGUUUACCUGUGAGGAACCGCAGACGUUAUCUCUGGCUUUGUUUGACUUGGGCGAGUUCGCCCGUCUAUAUCCGACGGGGAAACAGAUCAUGUCCAACAUCGGGGCCAAAGCGAAGAUCAUGGAGAUGAUGAACUACCCGCAGAAGGACGUGGCCCGUGAGGCACUUCUGACCACGCAGAAGUUAAUGCUCGACAACUGGAAGCAGCUGGGCGGAGGGGCUCAAGAGAAACACACUGCGCAAGAGAAGCACUAG